AUGACUUUUGAUCCUAGCCAACUUAUUAGUUGCAAAUCAUCCACUCUGUCGGCGGUGUCUAAUGCUAAUGGUACCCCCUCCGCUGUGGUUAGGAAGAGCUUUCUAUAUCUCUCUACUUCCCUACAUCUGGAUUCUGACGCCCUCACAAGAAAGACGAUUGGUUGUGGUACUCGAAGGGGCAAACUUUACUACUUGGACUGGGCAUCGAAUUAUGAGGUCAAGUUGGCUGACUCUGUCCCCAACAGUGUAACUGAAGCACUAGAAAACCCAAAAUGGAAAGAAGAUGAUAUAAUUGUAACUGGAAACGACACAGAAGAGCAACUGAAGUUGCAAAAGUAUUUGUCUCAGGAAUUUGAGAUGAAGGAUUUAGGUGAUCUGAAGUACUUUCUCGGAAUCGAAGUAGCAAGAUCAAAAACUAGUAUAUUUAUGUGUCAAAGGAAGUAUGUAAUAGAUCUACUCACUGAAAUAAGAAUGUUUGGAUGUAAGCCUGCUGACACAUCCAUUGAGAUGAAUCACAAGUUGUGUGAAGACAUGGACCAAGAACCAACCAAUAAAGAACAGUACCAACGCCUUAUUGGAAGGUUGAUAUACAUGGCACACACAAGACCAGAUAUUGCAUAUGUUAUGAGUGUGGUUAGUCAGUUUAUGCAUUCGCCCAGUGUUUCUCAUAGGAAUACAGUUGAUCGGAUCUUAAGAUACUUAAAGUUAGCCCCUGGGAAAGGAUUAAUGUUCUCAAAAAAUGGAGAUCUUGAAGUUGUUGGAUACAGAGAUGCUGAUUGGGAUGGUUCUAUUACAGAUAGAAGCUCUACUUCAUGUUACUUUACAUUCGUGGAAGGUAACCUAGUCACUUGGCAGAGUAAAAAGCAAAAUGUGGUUUCUCGGUCUAGUGCAGAAGCAGAGUAUUGA